GCUAAACCGCAUCUGUUAUCAGUCGUUGUCAUGAGGCGAAGCUUGUCGAGGUCGCCACGCAAAGUGGUGGCCAACGGCGAUGACUUGCAAAACACGGACGCUAAUGAGUCUUUUGCAGCAGCUGCCGCUGUACGCGACCCUUCGUCGUCCCCCACCAGUCGAGCAUCGUCGCGACGGCAUCACCGCGAAACUUUGUGUCCAACGUUUAGUCCACCGCAUGACGACCGUGUCGGUAACAAGAACCAAACGACACGUGCGGCAGAGACAACGGCGAUCACCCACGCAACUUCAUUAGACGCUGACGUGGAUCCUCAAUGCCAUGGCUCCUUCGCCAUAGGUGGCCCCGUGAAGUCUGGGUAUUUGAGUAAGCUUAGCACGGGCAAGUGGAAGCGGCGGCGGUGGCACCAGCGCUGGUUUGAGCUGCACUCGAAUGGCGAGCUAUUGUAUUACAAAUACGCCAAGACCAGCCGACGUCAGUCGUCGUCGCCACCUCAUGGCACGUACUCCCUUCAACAAAGUGGAGCCCUCCUGACCAUCCCAAUGGAUCUGCCGCGUGGCACGCCGACCCCAUUUUGCUUUGGGGUGACCGUGAACGGCUCGUCGUUACUGGUUUGUGCCGACUCGGAACUCGAGCUUCGCGAGUGGACAAACGUAUUGUCCAGUAUGAUCCACCCAGAUGACGUGACUGACGACGCCAUGGCGGUGGCCGUAGCAUCCGCUACAUACGAUGAGUUGAUGGAGACUUCUAACUCUGAUGACUCGCCCACUGGAGCCACAACAGUGUCUUCCCUAAGCAAGAAUGCCAAGGUCAAGCCCUCGACGUCCCCCUGCACCUCUUUAGGAGGGUUUUGGAGCUCCUUGCAGGCAGGGGAUGUGGGCACUGCGCUGGGGUCGUUGGCGGCUGUGAAUUCUGUCAUCGCCGUGUUGCGCUUUGGCAGUUGGCACGUCGUACUUGCCACUGUGAUCGUCCUUAAUGUGGCUCUUUUAUGGCGUCAUCCCAAAGAUGUCCGCCCAUCCCUCCAAAACCACACAAUGGUCAUUCCCCCGACGGCUGCAGUCGCUUCGCCCGUGAAACCGGUGGCUGGGACCGUCAACGGGUCCAAGGCGGUGGCGGGGUGCUCGAUGAAGGAGUGUCCCACAGCUCCCGCUCCCCACGUGUCUGGAUGCUGGACCCAACUCGACGCUACGCGGUUCAACGUACGCAAAGGUCCUAGCUACCGCCGCACGAAAGCCAAAGCCCCGUCGGCCCCCGCGCUCUUGACGUUGGUGGCCACGGACGCGUAUCGGUCGGACGGGAAGAUUGACAACAUUGGAAGCGUCGUGCACCUGCCAACCCCCCUCGAUGGUUACCGGCGGGACAUCGUAAUCAUAAACUGCCAAGUGCCGUGCUACACACCGUCGAAUCCGUUGUGGGGCGAGCAAAAGACGGACGGCGACGGCUUCAACUUUGUCACGUACUAUGCCAUUCCACCGGCCCUUCGAGCCAAGCUGGACGACCCCACCCAACUGGAACCGUCGAUUAAGCUGCUUCGAGGUUUCUUGCAAGACGGGAACCCUAUCACGGACCGGUUAAAAGCAAUUGGGAUCGUGGUCAACCCCGAGGAACAAAAUCUGGGUCGCAUGGAGAAGCAUCUCCUCGAAACGUACAACGGCCAGCCCAUCUUGACGCGGCCCCAGCAUCGGUUCUACCGCGGGGACGGGUACUUUGAAGUGGACAUCGACGCACACACGUUCAACUUUGUGGCGCGCAAGGGGCUGUCGGGCGUGGCCGACCACUUUGGCAACAUGGUUGUCGACUUUGGGUUUGUUUUGGAAGGCCAGGACGACGACGAGGUUCCCGAGCAGAUUCUGGGAUGCGUACGGCUGUGCAAAGUCGACCUAAAGAACGCCCCCCGCUUGGCAUAACACAUAUACCAUCCGUAUUUACAUCCACA